UUUCAGUACAACUGAGAAUAUAAAAUUUGCCAUUGGUCAAGCAUUUCAGUUGCGAGCCGAACUAAAUGCUAGAGAUGACAAAGUCAAGUCAUAUUUAGAAGAAGGUAAAAGACUGAAAGCUUCAUUCAAACAACAUUUGAUGCAAUAUGAUAAGUCAAGUUAUGAAAAGUGCCAUCAGCCAUACGAAAUGUCCCAGUUAUAUUCGAAAAUAGAAAUGAGAAAACAACAUGGAACUAAUAAUCCAACUGAUGAAAUACAAAUUUGUAAGAUCAGUGAACAGCGGAAAAAGUUACGGAAUAAUACCUUACAAAAUGUGAAUAUUACUGACAAGGAUUGUAUUAUAGAAAAAGCUGAACAACACAGUCGAAUCGCAACAGUUAGAUCAAUUUCCUCUGAUCCUCACCUUGAAUCUAUGAGGUUAAAUGCAAAUUACAGUCAAAUGUCAGAUUCAUCAUCUAUGGCAUUAAAUCAACUGGAUUUACAAAAUGAGAGUGAUAUGAGCAAUGAAGAAGACCAAAUAAUAACAGAUCUUCAGUUACGUAUGACACGAUUAGUAACAUCAUGGUAUAAUUUGCACAAGAAAUGGCAUCAAAUAUAUGAACGACUAGAAUUACAACUUAGUAUUAAUGAAUUUGCAAG